UGAGGAGGAAACAGACUGAAGGAAAAAACGGCUGAACCACACUGUGACUCCCGAUGUACAGUCCCUGAAAAAACGUUUUUUAUAUUUUAUUUCUUCCGCGAAGAAACCUUAAGUUUUUAUAUUGUUCGAAAAGUAACGCAUCUACCUCAGUUUUAAGGAUUUUAAUCACGAUUUGAACCGUUUACAUCUUGUCUCUCCGCCGCAGGGCUCGUUUUGUACUUUUGCACUCAUCGAGACGACCCCGACGCCGAGCGAUGUCCAGCCUGCGUCCGCUGGCCCUCAGAUGAUCCAUGACCACACCUUAUUGAUGCACUUUAGCACCUUUCCGGAGCCUUCUCGCCGCCGUGAACCCUGCAGCUGAUGACCAAAGUGUGCGGCACGCCUCCCCGCCGUCGCCCCGAGCCACGCGACCCUGAGCCCCUCCCGCAGCCUCGCGCCCCCGCAGGACGUCCAGGGAUGUUCCAGAGGUUCGCCAGCGCUCUGUUUGGGGACGAUGUGGAGGAGCUGAGUCGAUGCAGCAGACCCGGAGACAGCAAAGAGGAAGAGGAGGAGGACGAAGACUGGAUCCUGGUCAACUACCUGGCUGAAACCUGCUCCGGUCAGUGUGGCGACGGCCGCUCUGGAUCCGCUGUCGGUCCUGAGGAGGAGGAAGAGGAGGAGGAAGACCUGGUGAUGAUCCCCUCCCCCAUGGCCAGCCCCCCAAUCCGCUACGCCUCCUGCACCUCCCUCAACUCCACAGCUGACACCGACCCGGACGGCGGGGCGGAGGAGGAUGACGAGGACAACGAGGACGAAGAGGAGAGUGGGUUCCUCCGUCUUGACGUCGGCUCUCUGGAGGAGAGCUGGUUCGUCACCCCCCCGCCCUGCUUCACCGGCCGUGGCAGCCAGCCCGUCCUCCUGGAGACCAGCCCUCUGGAGAACCUGCUGAUCGAGCACCCCAGCAUGUCCGUCUACGCCCACCACAGCCCCCCCAGACUGACCCUCGACCAGCUGCCCCGCUCCCUCGACCUGGAACUGGGCUUGUUGCCUGGAAAUAUGGCCUCCGCCCCGGCAGCCUCAGGUGGGAAGGAGAAGGGCAGACGUGCUCUGGAUGGCCCCCGCCACAGGCCGGAGGUGGCCGUCGUCCAGCGUCGCUCCAGCCUCCACUCCGCCUGCUACGCCGCGGCGCUCUCCGCCCGCAGCGGCCUCCUGCAGCAGCGGUCGGGUAACGUCGCCCAACGCACCCAACCGCUGUCCCGCAACGCCCUGCGACGCCUCAACCUGCUGCGCCCCCCGAAGGCCAGCACCAUGCACCUGCACCAGCCCAGCCAGAGACACCUCAACUUCUGAGGUUGUCCUGACGACAUCACCUUCAUCAUCAUCAUCAUCAUCAUCAACCUCGAUCCUGUAAGCAGGGGGGAAACUAACAUUGGCCACACGCUCUUCUGUUUUCUUCUUCUCUUAUCGAGAAAUCAACACCAGCAACGAAUCGAUGUUCAUCAUCAGCCAGCAGUUACACCUGUCCUGAAAUCUGAUUGGACGGUGAAAUAGGGAAAUUGGCUGAUUUUUGUUAUUUUAUCAGCUCACGUGGCCAGUGGGUGAAAGGUUACUCAUUGUCCCUCCUCUUCCUCAUCCAUCCUUCCUCCUUCGUGUUGAUGCUGAGAAGAAGGAGUGUGAAAAGAAAAGGUCAUCACAUGUCGCCCACCCUCUCCUCCUCCUCCUCCUCCACCUGUCAUCCAUCCACCAGUUUGUGUCCAAUCGCAGAGAAGAAGAGUUGUCACGGCGACGUCCUCUUCUUCUCCUCCUCUUUCUCUUCUCUUCUUGUUCUGUAUGGACAACUUAAUGUGUAGAAUCAAUGCUGUAGGUCACUUUAUUCAGCGGCAGGUUCACGGCGAGGCAGGAUGCCAAGAUGAUGUCACAGUGAUGUCAUGGCAGGGUCGUGCAGGCUCUCCGCUGUCUGGCUACGUUUUGGGCAGCUUGACGGGACAUCGGGAGACGUUUCCGAUCGUGAACGCGUGCUGUGCAGCAUCCAGUCGGUGCGGGGGUGUUGUGGCUGUUAGGAAGCUGGAAGUUGACGGUUAGUUAGGAAGCAGGGAGUCAAAGUGGCCCAGAGACAAAACUUUAAAGGAAACAUCCCUCAAAUAAUCUGACGCUUUUCUAAUCUGUAAUGUGUAGUAGUCUGUAGUGUCUACACAUGAAAGUGAGUUCCCAUGUUUCCCAGAAUGCCUUUUGACAGCCGCCACACGAGAACAGAUCAAUUAAAGGGACGUUCAGUAGUGAAUCUCCUCCUUAUGAGCAGUUCUACUGUCUGUGGAAACAGUCCUAUGGUGUCCUUCUAGAGGAGCUGGGAGACUCUCAUGUAAAGAUUAUAUCAGGUUGCAUUAUGGGAAAUGUAGGAUCCAUUUUUAGUCAGGAUUUCUCAGCCGUUCUUUUUGAAGUCUGCCGUCAGCUCCACAGUUUAAUGGAAGCGCAGAACUAAAUUUACUUCACAUCCAUUGACGUUGAAGUUGUACACGAGUCGGGCGGGAACACGCUGCGAACUGGAGGGCGGAGCCACCGAAAACUGAGAUUCACGCCUGACUCUGGCCAAACGUGCACCGUGGCUGCUCCGUCUUUAAGUGGGUCUCCUGCUCGUUUGAGUUUCUCUGCUUCCUUUGUGAUGGACGGCCGCAGUUCUAGAAAGAAUCCUUCGCUCCCUCGUUCUGAGGCUCCGUGACGUUUGACCGGAUAGAAAGAAAACCGCUCCUGACUGCAGAACGCAGCAGUUCCACAGAUUUAACAUUCUGAUGGAAGCUCUCUCGACUUUCCUACCUUGAAGUCUGAUUCCGUCUCGUUCGCGUCCCGCAGCGUUGCCUUUUCGCGAACACGACCGCUCGUCUUUGCUCGUCCUGUCCCGCCGGCUGAACCUGCCUCUGACUCUGUAAUUCAGUACUUUUCACAAUAUUUUUUUGAAAAAAAAAAAGAAAAGGAAAAAGACAG